UAGACACCAUUCUUACAGCUUUUAUUUGUCCAUAUGACCGGUGGACUCAACUUGAGAGGUCAGCAUGUACCCGGCGUAUCCUUGUCAUAAAAGUGUCCCCAUCAAGGGGCAGCUUGGGAUGGAGAGAGAACUCGUGAAGUGCGGUAGGUAGUAGCUGGGAGAGCAAGGCGUCAUUGCAAAUUGAAAGGAUCAUGCAUGCGAAGAUGGGCAGCAGCAAAAAGUCUAAGCAAGCGGCAAAUGGUGGUAAAGUAGCAAACAGCGGCGGCAGCCGCUUUGCUCCCUGUCCUGUGUGCGGCAGAAACGUGGCUGUUGCUUUAGUACAUGAGCACUUGAACACUUGCCUGACAACACCAGAGAAAGACGCCACCGUAGUGGCAACAGCACGGGGAGAAAGCAAUCAGGGCACUUGUGGAGAGGAUAGAAUCAAGAAAAGAGGGGCGACAGAGGUGAACACAAAACACAAUGCUGCAGACCUGUUGAAUGGGAAGCCAAGUUCAAAGAAGCAGAAGGUGGUAAUAAGUUUGCUCAAAGGAGGGCAGGUACAAAGUCCAGAUGGGGAGCUGGGGGAGGCGUCGGGAGGGGGAGUUGUUGAGUGCUCUCAUCUUCAGCGGAUAGAAAAUGGAGCCGCAAGUUCCACUGGAGAAGAACCAGGCAUGGGCGCAAAAACAACACUGGAAUCUAGAUCAGGAAAUACAGGGGAGGGGCAGUCUGGUCUGAUUGUAGAGCGGAAGGAAGCAUCUGAUUGCAACCUCUAUGACAGUGCAAUCUUCAGCUCAAAAGCAGGCCCCCAACAUCAAAAUGGGGUGUCAGAAAGCAAUCUCCAACGGCCAGAGACAACUGGUUUGGCGGAAGCCAGGGAGGGCACUGGUCACUUGCAACAAAGCCCUUCGUCCAUGGUUUCCCUAAACCUGCCGACAGAGUCAGGUCUAGGUAGCGUUUCUGAGAACCAGGACAUUCUCGUUGGCGUAGACAGCACAGAGAUGCUAGAAGAGAAUCCAAAAGCGGUUGAGAAAGGCACAACAAAGGUUAUUGCCCCCAUCUUUAAGAAGCCAAACAAGGUCGUCUACCUUAUCCGGCAUGGCAACACGAUGACGAACUCAGGGGCUGCUUUCCGGCCCUUCAAUAUUCAAGACGAGAUUGGUUCUGAAGCGACGGCCAGCGGGGUUGCGGCGCGAACAGACAGUUCAGGGCGCAUCUUUGAUGUGCCCCUCUCGACUCUUGGAUUCAAGCAAGCGGCGGCCUUGCAGAAGAAGCUGCCAGGGUUGAAAGCUGAAGUUAUUCUAGUGUCACCUCUGACAAGGGCACUGCAAACGUGUCAAGAAGCGCUUGGCAGCUUGCAGGUGCCGGUCGAGGUGACGUCGAGGCACGCCGAACACGUGGCCUGCUGUGGAGAUGUCGGAAGGCCACCCAGCGUCCUCGCUGCGGAGUUUCUGGCGUUCGACCUCUCUCGGGUGCAGUCCGUCUGGUGGUACUCUCCUGCUGGCGCGCCCAACCACGCGCUCUCGGGGACCUUCCUAAGCAGGGAAAGCAUGGUUCAUCUUCGAGAGAGGGUGCAGCGGUUCCGGGCGUAUCUCCUGCAGCGGCCGGAGAGGACGCUUGUGGUCAUCGGCCACUCGACCUUCUUUCGGGAGCUUCUUGGGAGCAAGCGGAGGAUGGCUCAUUGCGAAAUUGUACAGUUGCGCCUGUAAUCGUCAUUGCUAUUGCUUACUAACCGCACGCUCGCUGUCAGAUGUCCAGCGCCAAUUGUUUAAUCGUGCAGAAAUCCACAGUUGGCCCGGGUCUUAAAGAGGGCGUCAGAUUUCAAGGUACACUUGUGCAUCUGAAUCCUGAGGGAAAUUGUCAUCUGACGGCCCAGAUUCAAUUCUG